AUGGUGGUACGGAAGAAGGCAAGGGCCAGAAAUGAUUCUGGCGAAAUUCAGGCAGAAGAAGAGAAUGUUGAACAUGAACAGCCUGAAACUUUGGCUGAACGGCUUGGGGAUCCACAAUUUGACGAUAACGAGGACUUGUUGAACAUGGAGAUACCUGAAAGACCAUUGGAAACAGUCUCCAAUGACCCGAAUGAAGCCAGACUUGUCAUUUCCAAGAUUGAAGUUGAGAAUUUUAAAAGUUAUUACGGCCGAAAAGUAUUGGGGCCGUUACAUAAAGUAAGCUUUGUUUUAUGUUGGUAUUAUUAUUUCAGGGGCUUUCACGCAAGCUUUAACUAUAAAAUAAGAAUUUAUACAUAUAAAACUAUUAUUUUUGUUUUAGAAUUACACUUCGAUCUUGGGACCAAAUGGAAGUGGAAAGAGUAAUGUGAUCGACUCAAUUCUUUUUGUUUUUGGGUUUAGAGCCAACAGAAUCAGAUCCAAGAAGUUGUCUGUUUUGAUUCACAAAAGUGCAGCUCAUCCGAAUGUGAAUUCAGCUGAAGUUACAGUUUUCUUUGAGAGAAUCUGGGAUAGAGUAAGUCAAUAAAUGUUUACACAUAAGUUUAGGCAUUAACUAGAUGCAACAUAUACGUUAUAUACUUAAAGUAUAACAAGAAAUGUUUUUAGGGUCCAAUAGAAUACGAAGUAAAGCCGGGGUCUCAGUUUUCUGUGACAAGAACCGUGAAUUCUGAUGGCAGUAGUCGAUAUUACUUUAACAGAAAGACGGUAAAGCCUGACGAAUUAAGGAAGAGAUUGAAGGAAAAUGGCAUCGACCUGGAUCACAACAGGUUUUUGAUCCUUCAAGGUGAAGUUGAACAGAUUUCUUUGAUGAAGCCGAAAGGAGAUGAUAAGGGCGAGGAAGGCAUGUUGGAGUAUCUGGAAGAUAUUAUUGGCAGUAAUCGACUGAAAGCCCCCAUUGAGAAGUUGGCACGGCGCACAGAACGGUUGGAUGAACAGUUAAAAACUGUAGCCAAUAGGUGAGCAUUUAAUUCUAGAUAAAAAUACAAGUUGUUUGGUAUUCUUAUAAUCAUUUUUGUAAUUUUGGGUAUAAAUUAAAGUAAUUCUUUACGUUUUUAGACGAACGUUGGCAGCUAAAGAGCAUACUGACUUGAUUGAACCUCUAACAGAGCUUUUUAAGAUUUUGAAGUUGGAAAACGCUAUUACAAAGUGCAAUAAUCAGCUCUAUCACAUCGAAAAGUGCGUUUAUUUUCAUUGUUAUGUUUUUAGGGUUUGGUUAAUUAACUUAUAUCAUUUAGAAAAAAAAUCAAUGAUGAAGCGAGUGGUAUCCAAAGAGCAUACAACACAAUGAAGGAGGACCAAGAUAAAGAUGAAAAAGAGAAGGAUGAACUGGCUGAGCAAGCGGCACAAGCUAGGAAAGAGGUAAUAAGGCUUCAGAAGCAAGAAAAUGAUUUGAAAGAAGAGAAGGACACCAAAGAAGAAGAACAGAAGAGGUAUGAGACUACUAUCAGGAUGAUCGAAGGAGAUGUCACACGGAAUCAAGAGAAACUUCAAAAGCUCACAAAGUCGUUGGAAAAAGACAACAAAAAGGUUAGUAUAUUUUUAGGUAACAAAUUGUAAACUAAGAUUUCAAUUUUUCAGUUUUAGGUAGCAUAUUAUGUAGACUCCACGUGAUUUUAUCAUGUUUAAAGCUUAUUGUUGCAUUGUUUUAGUUAGUGGAUUUGGAAGCAGAACCAGAAAAAGCUGAAGAUGUUAUUAAAGAGUUGGAGGGAGAAAUCGACCGGUUGAAAAGUGUAGCCGAGGAUAAGGAAGAAAAGUAUCGUGAGAAGCAGAUGGAAGCAAAUGAGGUCAACGAUGGAUUACGAGUGGCAUUGCAAGACCUGAUGCCUACUGUAACAGAAAGCAAGUCCGCGGCUGACAGUAUUCAAAGUAAAUUGACACUGGCUUCUGCCAAAGUUAACCAACUGAAGGCUGCUUUGGAGAAUCCGAAGAAGGAAUUGGAUAAAGCAGAGGAAGACCUGGAACAAGCAAAAACUGAGCAUGAAAACUUUAAAAGGUGUGACAUUUUAGAUUGUGCUUUUCAUUAGUUUAUGUGUUAGGUGUUUUCUGAGAAGCAUGUUACUAUACUUGAUGUUUAGGGACAUUGAGAACAAAGUUCACCGUAAGCCUGAGUUGGAGCAAGAGAUUGCUCGAUUGAGGGAGUCCUACAAUAGCAAGAAGGGGAUGGAAGCUCAGCUCAAUGACGAGAUCAGAAAGUUGUCUCAUGAGUCGCAACAGUUUAACCAACAAAGUGAUGGUCGACAAAACCCUACGUUAAAUGCCAUUAUGACCGAAAAGGCAAAGGGCAACUUUCCUGGAGUUUACGGCCGUUUGGUAUGUUGUUUUACAUAAUGUUUUUUUUUAUUUCUAAUCUAUUCUGAAGCUCUUUUUAUGUAUUUGUAUAUUUAGGGUGACCUUGGAGGAAUUGAUGAGAAAUACGAUGUAGCCAUCUCUACUGCUUGUGGUCCUUUGGAUAACAUUGUAGUAGACACUGUAGAAACUGGUCAAAAGUGUCUUGAAUUCAUGAAAAAGAACCGUCUGCCUCAUGCUACCUUCAUUGCUUUGGACAAACAGCAAAACUUCUGGAGUAAAAUCAAUGCGAAGCCGUCAACGUAAGUUUUUUAAAUUUAUGAACAGGAUAUUUAUUUUUUUUGAAAUAAUAACAAAUUUAUAGGAAUUUACGUAAAUAUCCCCCAUAAUUCUAAUUUUCAGGCCUGAAAACGUCCCGCGUCUGUUCGAUUUGAUCAGAAUCAGCGACGAAGACGUGAAACCAGCAUUUUACUAUGGAUUGAGAGAAACUUUGGUCGCCGAAAACGUUGACCAAGCAGCCAGAGUAUCCAACGCUAGAGGCAUGAGAUAUAGAGUUAUCACUUUGGGCGGUGAUUUGUUUGAAACGACUGGUACCCUUUCUGGUGGUGGUAAAAGUCAAAGAAGGUAAUAUUUUUUAGGAAUAACUAGUGGUUUUAAAGGUAUUUUUUUUUGGGAUUUGUUUAUUACUCAACAACCUUUAUUUUGUUAAAUUUGAUUGUGAUGUUUUAGAGGUCGGAUGGGUAAGCAAGCCAAGACAGAUGCUUCUCGGAGACUGUCAGUGAAUCUGAGAAAGAUUGAAGAAACUCUGAGGACCAAACAGACAGAGCUGGGACAGUUGAGGAUCGCUUUAAGGAUGGUAAGUUGAAUUUAAAUCUCAUAAAUGUUGUUUUCUUGUAUAUGUCUUACACAAAAACCAAAAUAAUACAUAUUUUCCAGAUGGACGAGAAGAUUCGAAAUGACGGUGACGAACUUGAACGGAUGGGACGAACUGGUGACCAAGAUAGAAGUCGUUUGAACAACAUGGAGAGGAAGAUCCAGACCCUAAAGGAAAAAGUUGCCCAGGCCAAAAGAGAUUUGUCCAAAAACGACAGUAAACGACAAGAACUUGCUGAGAUCGAACGGGAGGUCGAAAGCUUUUUGGAACAAAAGGCAUCAGCUGACAGUGAAGUUGAAGAAGUGACGAAGCGAGUGAAGGAACUGAAGCAGAAGAUCAAAGAAUCCGAGAAUCUGAUUGUUGGCAAAGCCAAGAAGUCAUUUGAAAAAGCCAAAGAAGACUUCGAGUCAGCCCAAGCCGAGAUCAAGAAGGCCCAUCUUACCAUCAGCAACUCCAAGUCUCUGAUUCAGAAGGCAAAACGUCAGAUUGAUUCCACCGAAAUGGAGAUCAAGGAUCUUGAAUAUCAGAUCGAAAAGGCCGAAGAAAGAAAGGCAAAAGCACAAGAAAAGGUAGAUAUUCUAACCAAUCAGGUUGAGGAAUGUGGUCGAAAACUUUCUAAGAUCAUCGAACAAAUUGCAACAAUAUCUAGCCAGACUACCGAGUGUUCAGAAAUAGAAUUAGUGUUAACAAAGCAGAUUGACGACAGGAAAAGAUCCAUGGCCGAGUACGAGGGAAGGCUGAAAGAGUUCAACAAUAAAAUGGAUGCCAUAACGAAAAAGGUAACCAUUAUUUUAUUUCUAAUUAGUUUGCUCAUUGAACUCAUUGUUGUUGUUUAAAUAAGUUUAUAAUUCAGAAGCUAAAUUUUUAUAUUUUUACUUCUAUUUUUAAAUCAUUUUAGAUAGCCAAUUUGCAAACUUUCAACGUCCGUCAGAAUCUCCAACAAGUGAAUGCAAACCAACACCAGUUCAGACUUGAUGAUACAGUUAAUACAAGUUCAAACCGCAACGAAACUGCGACAGACUCCACUAUCAAAGAGGAUCCAGAUGCGACGUUAACAGAAGAAAGAACCCUCACCGAGAAUAUUGAUGAACAUCAAGAUACAGAAGAAGAACAUCAAGAUGAUACAGUGUUGCAACGACCGUCCUCAAGCCGUGCUCCAAGCAGAAUGCGACAAAAGAAUAACUCCAGAGUCAAGGAAGAACCUCAAAGUCCAGUGUCAAUGAAUGAUUCUGUCGCGAGUAGAAGAAACAGAAGGAGGAAAGCGGAGCCAGGAGAGGACGCCGACGAAAGUCGUAUGCUAGAUGGAGAACAAGAAGAAGGUGACGACCUUCCGAACACCACCACUAUCACCUCCACGGAUGGUAAUGUUACUCACGAUCCUGCUUAUGACUUUGGUCAUCUUCCAACCUAUUCUCCAGCUGAAAUAGACGCUUUUGAUGAAGCUCACAUCAGAAUCGAGUUGACUAGGAAAGAAAAGAGAAGACAACGAUAUCCAAAGGAAUUCAACCUCGACCUGAUUCAGGAAUAUGCUGAUAAGGUAAGUUUUCCUAUUUUAGGUACUCCUACUUUUUUGAAACGUUAUUUCGUUGUAGUAUGUUUUUUCGACUCUUUUGGGAGAUAACUAUUACGUUAGCUUCGUAGGUCUUAAUUCUUUACGUUUUAGCUUGAAAAGUUGAAUUCCGUAGAUGCCCAAUACAAUUCCUUGAAAGGGUCCUUCGAUGCCCACAGAAAGAUGUUUGACACGUUGAAGAAAAUGCGGGUUACUGAGUUUCAAGAAGGCUUCCAGAGAAUCUGUGUGGCCACCGAAGACACCUACAAGAUGUUAACCAUGGGAGGAGAAGCGUCAUUAGAGUUGGUGGAUUCCAUGGAUCCAUUCACUUCUGGCGUUUCAUAUCAGUAAGUGUCAAGAAGGGCCGCGGAAAAUUUUUUCUUAAUAUUUAUUGUAUAAUCGUUUAUUUUUAUUGUGGUAGAGGAGUAGUCAUAAUGAAAAUUGUGACAAAUCUUUUUCAGAGUCAGACCACCAAAGAAAACCUGGAAACAGAUCACUAACUUAAGUGGAGGAGAGAAGACCUUGGCCUCUCUGGCCCUUGUCUUUGGUCUACAUUCAUAUAGACCGACGCCAUUUUAUGUCAUGGACGAGAUCGAUGCUGCUUUAGACUACAGAAACGUGUCCAUCAUAUCAACUUUUGUGAAAGAGCGAACCAAAAACGCUCAGUUUGUGAUUAUUUCGUUGAGGAACAACAUGUUCGAGAACGGAGACCGGCUUCUGGGUAUCUACAAGGUCAACGACUGUACUAACAAUGUCAUCUACGACCCUGAUGAAGUCGAAAACGAGCCGCCUACUGUAGGUUAACUAGUGUUACCACCAAUUUCCUGUCUUUUAACAUUCAUUUAUUGAUCUAACAAUAAAAUUUUAUUAUCAAUGUCGUGUCUAUUCACUUCUCUCCUAAGCACGAACUUAAUCUCUUAAAUACCGUUUGUUCUCUCUCUACUCAAUAAUGAAAUUUAGGUAAGAAAUAGAGAACCAGCGUCAGACGUCAGUCAUGUGUCAGAAGCGGCCGCUCACCUACGUGUAGAUGAAGGACCACCACCCAAGAGAAGGAGAUCCGUUAAAUCUGAACGAUAA